AAAAACAUCAUCUAUACCAGCUCUACUCAACUAAGAACAAGUAGAAGGAAGCAAGCAAGAAAAGAGAAGAAGGCUGCCAACUAGUUCGUAUAAUUUCAACCUCGAGAUUGUACACCUCAUAUCUCACGCAUCUCUUAUCCAAUGAGCUUGAAUGAGGUGUCAUUAGAUAGGUAUUGAAGAGAGAUUUCAGACGAGGUGCUUCACUUAAGGAUACGAGGUGUUUACAAUUCAAAAAGGGCAGAUAAACACACGAGGUCUUUUACCAAAAUAUUCUAGACUUCUCAAGGAAUCUAGGAGUGUCCGGAAAAGUCAUCAGAGACGCUGGAGUUUUCGCCGGAAAAUUCCGAAAGUCGCCGGAGUUCAAACAAAGAGGAUAAAAGCUUGAUAGCGUCAUUUCGAGUUCCAUUAUAGAAAAACAGUGGCUUCGUUUAUGCCUAGAUUUUUUGCUCUUUCGAGAAGAUUAGGACCACGAUCUGUGAUCUAGUCACCAUAGCUAGGCUUUUGUAUGCGACCCUCGUAACCCCAAAGAUCCAAGUUGGUACUCAGUCAAAAGGCAUCCGUUCAGAAUUUAGUAACUUUUCAUAGCUGUAUGAUGAGGAAAUGUUCAUAACAAGCUUGAGAAAUGACGUGAUCAUCGUGAAGGAUCUACCACCAACCUUAAAGAACGCAAAGAAAAGGAAAGGAUCUCCAACUUUUAAGCCUAGGAUUACUACUACUCCUGCCUUUUAUAUCUCUGAAGUUAUUCCACAGUUGAGGAAAACGAAUGCGGCUGGGUUAAUUUUGUCAGAUGGAGGAAGCUUGCAGGCCAAUGUUAAUGAACCAUCUGAUGGUAUUGAUGACGAUUGUGAGAGUUCAAGGGAUGAAGUUUCAUCUAUUUCUUCAUACAGUACUAUGAAGAAAAAUAUACACACAUCUAUUUCUGCAGCCUUCAUGUGCCAAAGGCCGCAGAUGGUGGCGAUAGAGGUACCAAAGGUGGAGGUGGGUUAGGUGGCAGCAUCUACAUCACUGCUAAUAGGAUGAAGAUGAGACCGACUACCUACGCCAGAUGCAGAUGCCCUUCGAUCGCAGUCAUCUGCACAUCCAGGUACUCUUUUUCCUCCCCCUCUCCUCCUCCUCCUCCUUCUUCCUCCUCCUCUUUUCUUUUUUUGGUCUUCUCCUUCCCAUCCUCUUCGAUCUUGGGUCCUCUGUUCUCUUCCUCUUUAGAUUUCAAUUUUUUAUUUAAAUUUUGAUUUUUGAAAGUUUCAAAUGAAGAUAAAUUUGAACUCUAAUUUCUUAUUAUCAAUUUUGAAUCUCAAAAUGCCUUGACUAAUAAUUCCAGAAAAUGACACUUUUUGAAUAAGGAAUGUCAAAAUUAUUGGGUAUUUUUACAAAAUGUCACUUAUAUGUCAUUACAAUAUUUUGGAAAUGUCAUAUUGAGAAUGUUAUUUUUCUAUAUGAAAUUGUCAUUAUUGUGACAUUUUCGUAUAUCAAGUGACAUUCUCGCAUAUCAAGUGGCAUUUCUCAUGGAGGUCUGCAUAGACUCAUUGGAGGGGGAGAAAAUGAUUUUUAAUAAUGUCACUUUUAUGACAUUUUAUUUGUCAGGUUGAAAGUUUAAAAAAGAAAAUGGCAUUCCAUGCAAUUUUCAGAAGAGUAAUAAUGUCAUUCUCAUGACAUUUUCAAAACAAAAAUGUUGAUAAAAGUGACAUUUUCUAUUUGCUUGUAGUUUAUGACAUUUGAGGUUCCAAAUUAAUUAAAAUUAAUCAACAAAAAAAUGAAAUCUAAAGAAGAAGAAAAGAGAGGACCCAGAUUUGAAGAGAAUGGGAAGGAGAAGACAAAAGAAGAAGAAGAAGAAAGAAGAAGAGGAGAGGAGAAGAGAUGGAGAGGCAGUUACGACAGCUUCCAUGGCAUCGACCCUGCGCAGGUGUUGGUGGUGUCUCGCUGCAGUGCUUCACGGGACAGUUGGGAGUUUUGUUAACCUUUUGUAUUCAGGGUUAAUUUUGUCCAUCUAAUAUAUUUUAGUCCUAACGAAGGUCUAAAAAACACGGUGGUCCUUAUUUUGCAAAUCUCGAAUCUUUUAGUCCCAUUUUGGCGAUUUACUCUUAAUUAAAGUGGUUUGUGUAGUUAGUUUUUAGUUUCACUUCAUAAAAAAGUUCUGUGGAGGCUAUUUACCCAUGCCAGCUUAAUAAAUGAAAGUUUAAUUCAUAGAGAAGGCUAAUUCAUAUGGCAGCUUGAUACCCCUCUAUGUUUGUGCAUACAAUCCACGCUGAUAAAAGUC